AUGGCAGACUUUAUACGACGCCUCGUCUCUGGCCCGAAAGCUCGUUUUCAAGAUACAGAACUAGGACUCGACCUCGACCUCGUCUAUGUCACGGACCAAAUCAUCGUCAUGGGGUACCCAGCUGCUGGCCUCGAAGGAUUGUACCGGAAUAAAAGGGAGGAUGCGAAACGCUUCUUGGAUCAUAGGCAUGGAAAGAACUAUUGGGUGUUCAACUUUUGCCCUAUAAGGGAGAAUUCGUAUGAUCCGAGUGUAUUUGAUGGAAGAGUCACCAGGUUCCCGUUUCCCGACCAUCAUGCUCCUCCAUUGGCACUGUUGCCCCUCCUGGCUCGUGAGAUGCACGCAUGGCUGGACGGUUCCCCAGAGCGAGUUGCAGUGCUUCAUUGCAAAGCCGGGAAAGGACGCUCGGGAACAAUGGCCUGCACCUAUCUCUUGACCCUAGACUCGCCACCAACAGCGCCAUCCCUGAACCGGAACCUCUCCGCCACCGAACGGGCCCAACUCCACACCGAAGAAAGAAUCAACGAACUCCCUGAGGACGACGACACGGUGGACCUAACGUCCCCUGAAAAACCUGCUUCUCAUCACAGGAAACCGACCCCCGACACAACCGAUCUCAAGGCAGCCCAACUACCGCCUUCUGACGCAGACGGGAUCCUGGACGUCGAUAAAGGCACUUCUCCGGCAUCGAGUCCACGCCUUGGGUCACCUCCCAACCCAGAAAGGUCAUUCAUAGACUCUCUUAAGGGAGUCCUGGACUUACACACGGCUCGACGAAUGAAACCCGCCAGUGACCCUAAAUCACCGGACGUAAAACAAAAGAAACAACGGCAGGGCGUGAGCAUACCCUCACAACGACGAUGGCUGUAUUAUUGGGCUUUGCUACUGGCAGGAGAUGCUCCAAAGGAUGUCCUCAACCACACCAAGACGCCCGAUGGGAAGAGCGUAACGAAGUCGGCGAAGCCCGGUGUUCGGGUGACCAGAAUUCAAGUUCGUAUGCGUGAAGGAUCUAAUGUGACGAGGAGGAUCGUGCAUGCGACGAAUGUAGUAUUGCACAAGGCCAGUUCCGUUCGGAAACCUUCCUCGAAAACCUCCAAAGAUCGUGCCGACUCCACGAGUCCCACUCGGGACACUCCAUCCCCAACUUCCAAGUCUGAGAGUACCAAGGACGACCCGAACCAACUAUGGGCUUCGGUUGCCCGGUACGAUGACGAUUUGGUUGACUUGCUCGAGAAAUGGGAGGCAUGGACAAGGCAAGAAGGCAGCGGCGGGUUGGCGAAGCGUCGGGGAAACUCGAAGACCAUGCACAUCGAUGAUAUCGAGCACGACCUCGAACAAUUGUUCGACUCGUCAGGGAAAUGGGAUUCGGGCAAGAUGGUUUGCAGCUUUGCUCGGUUCGGUCUGCGCGGUGCCAAGGACGAAACCGUGACAGUGACACAAGAAGAGGGGAGAAAGACCAAGGUGCAUACCCAUACGCUCCGACUCUUGACCGACGAACGAUGGAAUGAAUUGAAAAAUCGCGUUGCAUUCGCUCCUCCCGAUGCCGCCGAGUCCGUCACAAGAUCCACCACUGCUACACCGGCUGAAGCCGCAGGAGUGACGACGGAAAAUGUCAAAGAACUCGAGAACGACCUCCAAAAGUUGGACAUCCCCAGUUCUGAAGCAAACUCGAUGUACGACGAAUCCGAAAUCCGAAAGGAAGUAGACGAAGGAGAGAUGUCCGAAGAGCUGGAAGGACUGGUAGUCGAUGCUUCGAGAGAGCUCCGCGUGAAGUUGUAUAUCGGAAAGGUUUUCAUCGGCUGGUUCUGGUUCAUUCCCUCUUUCCACAUGCCCCAACCUCCGUCCGGAGCAACCGGUGACCCAUCCACCACCAGGGCCACGUUCCGUUUGACCAAGAAGGAUCUUGAUUUCGCCUUGGGACUUGGUUCAGACAUCAUUGACGUGGAUGUCGAUAUGGAAUGGGUUCUUCCGCAGGCAGAGUCAGCCCCCGCAGUGGACGCAGCAACACUUCCUGUCAAAGCCACUAGCGAUCCUCGAGCUGAUUCGUUGGAGGAGGUGGAGGGCCAGGGUGGGGUCGGUGCCGUUGUACAGGCUAUCGCUGGAGGCGACAGUGACGCCCUGGGGGAUGCUGUCAAGGUCGGACAAGCCAGUGAUGUGUAA